AAUGUCUUGUUUACACCUGUUGUACUUUUACAUUUAGACGUUUGGAUGUUGAUUGGUGGCUAAGAAAUAAAUUCACGAGUUCCUGUGAGUGUGAACAUCUGGUUUCAUGCAGACCAGGUUCACGAUGUCUCCAUUUGUGCAAAAGAGGUCAUAUAAGAAUUAGUUAUGGUCAGUAUGUUGAGGGCAGAGUAGUAAAGUUCUUUUAAUAACUUCCCCAAAAAGGAAUAAAGCAUAAAAUGAACAACAUUUUCCUUCGUAUCUCUAACAAGCAGCUGUCUAUGGGUGUGUAAAUGCUGCAGGAAAUACAAUUCCUAUUGCAAUCAGUAGUUUGUGUUUGUUGUGGUUUUGAUAGUCUCGCAUUUAAUUUACAUUGGAUAUAUUAAUACCCCAAAGGUGAUUGUUGUUUUUUGUGGCUUUUAAGCAGAUUUCACUGUGAAUUUAGUGUUGUGGAGGUUUGAGAGAUGACUCACAAACCUGCGUGGGACCUGGAAUAAAGUUAGGUUGUUGUACUUAUUUGUGCAAAAACUUUUUAGAGAGGUGUGGGACCGCUGUCAUUUGUUAACCAUCAGUGUGUGUAUGUAGGUGUUUGUGUGGAUGGACCUUGAACUACACUGAAAACUGCACCGGCACAAAAGUUAAACAGAGACACUACAUGUCAGACAAAUAUAAAAAGACUCUCAAAGGAAACUCCUAUACACAGGCAUGUAGCGAGCCUGUGAAAAAACUUUAAAAUAGUAUUCAGUGCAACAGUGUCAUUUUACACUAAGCUGUCAGCAAGCAGACAGGAAAAAGGUCAUCAUUUACCCACAGUUACCGUCAGCCUGUCACAAGUCUGGAAGUGUGAGAGGCAGUCCACCUACUUAAUGUCUGACUGUAGACUUGACUGGCACCUGACACUUCCUGUCCAUGUCUUCUUUCCGAUUACAGUUGAUAGAUCCACAAUGCAAGUGAGACAUGACCAACAAGGCCCACUGGGAUAGUUCAAGCAGUAUGUGCAGUAUGGAGCCUACAGCCGGCUGCUCCCCCACAGUUCCAGAGCCAGAGCUCUACCGUAGCGUCCAGGCUGUGCUUCCCAGGGAAACGGACAAGCAGCAGCACCCAGAUUGUUUCAAUAAAGGCAUGCUGAGAUGGACGCUUCAUAAGAAGGUCCAAAACAAUCCUGACAACAGCUUAUCCUUGGUGUGGGUGCUGAUAAAAGAGCUGGAGAAGGCUGAGAGAUGGGACUCUCGUAAAUGCAUCAUCCCUCUGCUCCACACACUGAUGUACACCAUCAUUCAGACAGCCUACAUUCCAGAUGAGUUGUACAAGCGGAUUUACGACUUUUGCAAGAGACUCCUGACCUACCCUCAUCCCUACUGCACCGUAGGCUUCAGCUACACGAGACAGAUAAAAACUGAACGCAGCCUUCCAGGUCUGAUGUACCAGAGGAUGGUCACAGCAGAACAGAGACUAAAAAAUGAGCACUAUCCCUUCCAGGAGAGGGUCUUUAUUCUGGCCGACCCAGAAAUCUUCUCUGGCUCUUUGGGACAAGUCCUGUCGGGUGAUAUUGAGGCUUUUGCCUCAGGUCAAUCUCCAAGUCCUCUAGAUCACAUGCGCUCUGUGGUCCAGCACUCCAUACAGGCUGCUUUAGGAGCAGAGCAGUGCCACGGGCUGAAACUGGCUCAAGCUCUGAAGGACAUGGGCCAAGACGUUGAGCCGUACUUUCAGGAAGUGUUGGCGACUCUAGAGCAGAGUGCAGAGGAGGGUGGCAGAGGGCAGGGGGGAGCGCUGAGGAGCCGUCUUCAGCAGCUCUACAACGAGAUUGUCGCCGGCAGAGACUCAGACCCAUUGUCCACUGGUCCACUGUGUGACUGCCCUCUUCCUAAUCCAGAGAUGAGCUUCCACCUGUGGACGGAGGAUCUGGAUAUUUGGCGAGAACUGGCCAGGUGGUUUCGAUCCAGCUCUGCGUCAGAGCAGUUUUGCCUCAGCCAGGAGCAGGAGGACUUUGAGCUGGGUGAGUCUCCCAGCGACCUGAUGCCGCCUGACAUGACCCGCUUCUCCAUCAUGUCCAAUGACAGCGGUAUUGAAAGAGACCUGCCGCCCAGUGCUGAUCCCUCCCUGCUGGAAACUGUCAGCAUGAGUGCACCAUGGGAACACUGCAAAAGAGAGCAAGAUCCAUCAAAGCUGUCACGGCGUGGAGGCUUUAAGAUGAAACCAUCUGCGAAGGACAGUAUGGCGCUGAUGCAGCAGACCCUGGAGGACCAUGCAAGCAUCACAGGGGGAGGACGAAAUGAAGCAAAGGGAGGAAGGAGAGGGGCGACUCUGCAGAGGCGGGCAGGAUGCAGUGCGAUGCAGAACCCCUUCCCCAAGCAGCAGAGACAGUUUACUGCCAGGAUCGUCGCCAUGGGGGACGACAGGGUACUGGGCCGCAUGGCCAAGGCGUAUUACUUCUUCAGGAAAAGGGAAGCACGGAGGCUUUUUCUUACAAUGAAAGUCAACCUCCAGUUUUACUACAUCCCUGUUUGCGUGGCGACAACUCCCAUCACCUCUGUCAAGGAAAGCCUCCAUCGAUCCAAGGGGAAUCCCUGCACUCUUGGUUCCUACUUGAGCAUGGUGGACCCGUGGUACAACUCUAACAUCAAGAGUUUAGGCUGCAUGAUCCCCAAACUGGCUGAGUUGCAACAGGCUAACCCAGGGAGGCCAAAAGACCCUUUUGUGUCUGAUGUUAUUUCCUACUACAUUCGUACCGGCCAACAGCCUGUCUACUUUACCAUCUACUUUGUCAAGAUCACGUUCACCAGAGUGACAAAGGAUCCUGUGGAGGAUGUGUUUCUCACCCAUCUAGCAAUGGAUUUUCCUGAAUUCAGACAGAUCUCACAAUCAGUUAGAGAUAAACAGAGGAAGAGCUCAGGAGAGGCAUGCGGAGCUGUGAUCUCACUGAAUUACAGAAGGGUGACAUUAAGUGGCCGAGACACUGAAAAAGGAAUCUCAGUCAGGACGUCAGGAGCUCAGAUUGAUGCUAUUCCAUCCAAUGAAGCAGAAGAUCUGAAUUGUCUGACACUGACUUUAAAUGAAUCUCCAACAAAAGCUAAAAACAGCAUUUUGGAGUCAAAGAUUCGUACCAGCAGCAUUAAGAUUCGCACUUUGGAGAGACGAGCCUUCACUGUUAAGCUGGACAGAGAUUGUCGCAGGACCUACAGAGAUGUGCAGAGCAUUGAGAUCUCCCCGUGUCUUGAUCCUGGGUACUGCGUCCAGAAAACCAUGAGGUCCAAAUUCAAGUUGGGAGAGGACAAAGAUGCUGGACUGAGCAAAUACAUGAGCAAAGGUCUUCCUCUACCAAUAAACACAUUUGCUGGCAUCAUCACCUGACAUGAUGGAGCUACAUCACAGAGAAACUUUUAAGACCAGUCUUGCUGAGGUUUUGAUGGCAGGAAUGGUUUGUUGCUUCUAAGAAGACAGAAGUCCAGUCUGACACAUGGAAAGACAUAAGGUUUCACCUUGGAUUCAUACUGAGCUGCUCCUGAAACCAAAAUCUUUCAGGUCUUGCAUGUCAGCACUGAAUACCUUGUGUGGAAAAAUGCUAUAAAUCUAAAGCCACUUGAGGCUAAAUGCAGCACAUACAGUACCAGUAUGACUUCUUGCAGUUGAUACAAUAACCAGUUGGCUUCUAUUACAGUAAGAGGAACAAAAUUUCAUUACCAAGAGAAGAGUAAGUUAGAACUACUGACGGUGUUGUGCUCUUCACAAAUGAACUACAGUACAUACUUUAAGACAUUCAAAAUUUCUGCAUAUUGGACUGGUGCCAAAGAACAAUAUUGCCUGUGACACUGGAGAGACUGGCUGGGAUAAACAAAUAAGCAAAUUUAUGUCCCUGUAAUCAUGAAGGACCACUGACAGUUUGAUCACUAGCCAUGUCACAUUAUCAUAAACACCUCAUGCACAAAUCUGGAAAAUCUGAUUUGAAAUGGUCGAUUGAUACAAUUCUACUUCAUAGACAACACUACCUUUUUCCUGCCUCCUUGACACACACACACUCAAGGCACACACACUCUCCUGACCUGUCAGCUAUUGGAAUGUGCAUAUUGUUGAAACACUGGUACGAUGAGAGCUGACAGUUAACUGUUGCCUUUAUCUCCGGUGAAUCAUUCAAGUAACUUGUUAUGGUUUUGGGAAAAGUUCUGGAAGGUUUCUGGAACCACACUAUGUUCGGUGUAGAAGCUAAAGCCACAGACAAUGUCAGGAAUUACUACAGAACAGAAGCAACGUUUGUGUUGCAUGACCACAUGUACAAAUUUCCGUGUUGCAUGCGACAAGACAUAGAGCUGGACUUAGGUACACUCAAAGUGAAACUUGCACACAUUCAAGUGUAUCAUCUCUGACACUGUUAUUUGUUACAGUAGGAAAUGAUAAACUGGAUCUAUUUGCACUAAAGUUGUGUUAUUGGGGUUUAUUUUAUUUUGUCUUUAACUUCUCCUUGUGGGAGUGGAGUAACAGUGCAGAAACUGUGUGUAAAACUUAAUAUGACAUUUGUAAGACUAUGAUAUUGUCUAAAUUAGAGAGGGCCAUUCAAGAUAUAUCGCAACUAUAGCUUGAGUUGUUAACAAGAUACAGAGGCACACACUCAAGAAUAGCUGUUUUCUGAUGCACUCUCGCAGGUAUGAUCUCAUGCAGUAAAGGUCAACAGCCUCAGGAAAUGAAAGUGAUGCUGUUGAGUGCACAACAAAAAAAUCAUGUGAGCGUGCAUAUGCGCCUGCUGCCCUGGCAGUGUAAAAUCAUGAGUUUGAAAUUCAUGAGAAAUUUUUGCACAUUAUUUUCAUUUUUUGUCGUUUAUAAGAGCCAUUAAGAGCAAAAUGUAAUUCUGUAAAUAAAUGAUUUUGUUUUGUAAAA